AUGUGGGUUCAAUCUUCCGCUCUUUGUUUUGCAGCCAUUUUACUGGACGUGGCUUUCGGUAAGACAGUUGUGCCAGAUUUAGAUGACUCGUUUAAAGAAAGUCGCAAAGAUGACAUUUGGCUCGUAGAUUUCUAUGCACCAUGGUGUGGCCAUUGUAAAAAACUGGAGCCAAUCUGGAACGAAGUUGGGACUGAGAUGACAAACAUGGGUUCGCCAGUGAAGGUUGGGAAGAUGGAUGCUACUACCUAUGCCAGUAAGCCUUUCCUUGGUUCUUAUUUUGCUCUUAGGCAGCAUCCACUCAUAAAAUUAUUGAAGGGGGACCUGGCCUAUAACUACCGAGGACCGCGGACCAAAGAUGACAUCAUUGACUUUGCUCACAGAGUGUCUGGGGCUUUAAUCCGGCCACUUCCAAGUCGGCAGAUGUUUGAGCACGUGCGGAGGCGACACCGUGUGUUCUAUGUUUACGUAGGUGGGGAGUCACCCUUGAAGGAGAAAUAUAUCGAUGCUGCUUCAGAAUUAAUUGUGUAUUCCUACUUCUUUGCUGCCACAGAAGAGGUGAUUCCUGAGUCCGUGGUGCUGAAAGAGAUGCCUGCUGUGCUCGUCUUCAAAGAUGACACGUACUUCAUUUAUGACGAGUUUGAGGACGGCGACCUGGAGUCCUGGAUCACCAGAGAGCGGUUUCAGAAUUACCUCACCGUGGAUGGCUUCCUCCUGUAUGAGCUUGGAGACACAGGAAAACUUGUGGUUAUUGCAGUUAUUGAUGAGAAAAAUACAUCAGUUGAACAUACCAGAUUAAAGUCAGUUAUUAAGGAAGUUGCCCAAGAUUACAAAGCCCACUUCCGUAGGGAUUUCCACUUUGGCCAUAUGGAUGGAAAUGAAUAUAUAAAUAGCUUGCUGAUGGAUGAACUGAAGGUGCCAACGGUGGUUGUGCUGAAUACUUCAAACCAACAAUACUAUGUACUGGACCGACAGAUUAGGAAUGUCCAUGACAUGGUCCGGUUCAUUGAUAACAUUUUGAACGGCACGGUGGAGGCCCAAGGAGGGGACAGCAUCUUGCAGAGGUUGAAAAGAAUAAUGUUUGAUGCGAGGACUACCGUGUUGUCGAUUUUCAAGAGCUCCCCACUCAUGGGCUGCUUUCUCUUCGGCCUGCCACUGGGUGUCAUCAGCAUCAUGUGCUACGGCAUCUACUCGGCAGACUCCGACGGAGGCUACAUGGAAGAGCGUUACGAGCUGACCAAAAGCGAGCUUGAGACCCUGGAGAACCAAGAACUGAUGGAGGAGAGGCUGGAGCAUCAAGGGCGAAAUGGCUUGGAGGCUCCGUUGCCACCUGCUGAGCCUGUGCCCCCACCCAAGGACGCAGCCGACAAGAAGAAAGAUUGAGCCCCACCAGUAGCAGGAAGCACCGUCUGGCUAGGAUUUCCACUUACUCAAGAGUCUAUUUAUUAAAUUGAGAUGUUUAAUCCUGACUCUGGCCGAAGGGGACGUGUGUGGCUAAUACUGACGGCAUGGCUUAAAGGCGUUCCUUCUAUAAAUGGGUGGGGAGGGGGGAGAAGUUUUUUUGGGGGGUCUGGAACAGAGAGACCCCACACGCAUAUGGAAACAAGACUUGCCAUCCAAGUGUAUUUUCUAGUUGUCACUGUAACAGAUCACUUAGGUUUGCAUGUUUUUCUCUCUGAAUAUGUGUGUCAAGGUUGCGGUUCUUGGCCAGUCAGCUAGAAGACCUGUUCACCAUAGGACAAGUCAUACCUCCACCUCCCAUCCAUCCUCCUGAUAUAUUUUGGAUAAGAUUUAUAUGGACAAAAUUAAAUCUCAAAAAAAAAAAAUACGCACUCUGAAGAGAACUGCUCAUUUUUCGCAUCUGAAUAUUGAAAUGAGUCCGUUGGUUUUGUAUAGCAUCAUCAUGUUAUUUUUUGGGUGUUAUUUUUCAAGGAAAGAAAAUGCUACUGGUUAUCUUUCUGUUAAUGUUGUAUCAUCGUGAAGGUUUCAGGUGGGCGGGCCUGUGUGUGGGGACAGGACAGCCGAAGCUCGGGCUGUGUACAGUGUGCCCUCACAGGACUGGAGGCUUCUGCCUCCCCCACCUAACCUUGGCCAAGCCCACCUCAGAACGGUGUACUUUAUGGUUUUUUUGUUUUGUUUUGUUUUGUUUUGUUUUGGGUCUGUUUUAUAUCUUGGAAUUUCUUUUCAAUUUUCCUUUGGUAAAAAGCUUCUGCUGCUUUUUAAAAAGUAAUAUAUCACUCUUUAUGAUAACUUAUACUCCAUGUGUGUGUAUAUUUACAUAUGUGUGUAUAUAUAUAUGUAUAUAUGAAAUUUAUUGACCACAAGUCUGUUAGCUAAUAUAACUGGUGUAUCUGUGUUGAUAUGAGUAAUUACCUUGUCAGCAUGUCAAACAAUGGAAGUCGAGCUCAGUGCAAUGAAAUUCCCUAGUUUUCUCCUCUGUCCCCCUAAAUCCUUCACCCACACCAGCCUCCCAGCUUCCGUCCACAGUUCAGUGCUGUAGGACUUUCUCCCCAGGUCCUGGCUUGCCAGUCCGUAGUUUUUCCAGUAACCGUGUGGUGUGUUUGGUAUAGAUUCAUUUCUUGUUUUGGUUUGUUUUUCUCUGGAGGCUUUUGUUUCAGCGGAACUUGAGAGUUUUCUUCGGUUGACCACUUUUGGGGUGGCCAUUUCUCAAGUAAUGGAGUUAGCCAAAGUAAAGGAUUUCAUUAACA